AGGACUCAUUCCUACGUACAAAUAGUUUCUAUCACAUCAAAAUCUUCGGCCUCGUGUCAGUGUCGUUUUCAAAUUCGGGCCACAGUGAUACUUAUCUUUCAGUAGAUAACCACUUCGAUAGGCGCGUUUCCCUCGAUCAGUUAUCUACGUAACUUGAAUCCGGCUAGGUCAACUUUACGGCCAGAACCACGGUCAAGCUUGCAUACUCCUUAGACAUCGGCACGAUCCAUCGUUCUCAUUUCGAGUACCAUCCUCCAUGGUCUUGUUAAUCCUGUCCGUGUCAGUUUAGUGAAGAAAUACCUCCCCAACCAUCCUCUAAUUCGAGGCAGAAGGAACAUAUUUCCGACGAUACUUGUGGAAGGAUGGGCGAUGACAUUGAUCAGCAUCAUGACACAUUUACUGUCUUAAUGAGUCCAGUUGUAAUGGCGGAAAUUUUCGCAAAUCUGGCCAUUAAGGACUUACGCUCAUCUCGAUUCGUGUGCCGUAAAUGGGGGAUAAUUGGUGGAUCUGUCUUGUCGAGUAAGUUCUGGCUCGAGUUGGAUCAUCCCUGCGACGCAGCCAUAUGGAAGCCCCCAAUUAUCCACGACAAAUUCUGGCGCCGUGUCUCCAUCCAGCAUGGAGAAGCGAGGUCCGGCUUGCCUAAAUUUGCCUGCAAUAGAGACGACCACCCAACUUUUCUCGCUAAUUGUAUGACCCUGCUGCCCAAUAUGGAUCAAUUCACGCAAGAUUUACAUAUACAUGUCAGCCAUUGGGGGGGCAUCCAACUGCUCCGUGCCCUUGCGCAUGGACACUUUACCAUCCUGAAAUUUCUUUCCGUCAGAUUUAUUCUGGCAAAUCCUGCGGAUGAGGUGGGAUUAUUGGACUGCCAAAAUUUUGCAACCCGCCACACCCUUACCAAACUCACCUUAUUGCUGGGUGCUCCAUUUGGCAAUAGCAAUUUAUUGGCAUCGAUGUGCCAAGUCUUGAUCAAUGCUUGUGCAAAUUUGGAAGAUCUGCAUAUUACGAGCUCGUUUUAUCCUGAUCUAACCGAUUGUGGGAAAUUGGGCGUCUUUAAGUACAAGCGUAUUUAUGUGGAACCAGACUUCCCAUUGCUUAACAGAAUGUUGUCAACUAUUCCAAACUCUGUUCGAGACUUCAGCCUGGAUUACCCUACUGGAGAGAUCCAACUUCAAAGAACAGAUCUGCUAAAUUUUGGCCCUGAUCCUAUGCCAAACCUUACCUCGCUAAAUAUCGAGUAUUCCCGGAGUUACUACACUAUUGACACCGUUUUGAAGUUGGGAUUAUUUCCCAAACUGGAACACCUUUGCAUAACACUGCCUCCCCAUCUAUUUCCGCAUUACACCAUCUUUACCGACGUUAAAGAUCGUGGGGUGGGUGUGACGUCACUGAAAUUGACAUACCCUCCUGUCCGAUAUCUGAAUGAAGUGGCGUUGUUGCGAAUUGUCGCGGCAUGUCUUUCUGUGAAGAGAUUAAAUUUAAGGCUUAAUUCCCCUGGAAUAGAAAUGCUUCAAAAAAUUAUUGACGCGUUGAAUGGUUGGGAUUUAAUCCGAGGGGUUGUGUUUCUUAAAGAACUGAGUUGCACAGAUGUGGCCCCUGUUUUGGAAAUUUGGGCAUCGUUGAAUAUCUCCGGAAGGGUUAAGUUAAUCCUCCACACGCGGGAUUUUAGAAAGAUGGGGAUGCGAACGCAAAAGCUGGGAGCUAAGCCAAAAUUCAUGUUCUCUCAGAGGUUGAAUGCUGCAUUUAUUUCCUGUAGACGAUGUGCACGCGUAGAGAUUGGCGUAGACGUGGCAUCAUGCACGAUGAGUCCUAAUGUACGAGAUAACAUCAAAUCCUUCUUGGAAAUGCAGCAAAUACCGAUUCAUUUUGAAUCUGUGCACGGAAGGGCUAAAUUCAGCGGAGACUAAGUAUUCAGUCCGGAUUAUUUCAUUAUUUAUGAUUUCCACCCAAUUUACAUGUAUUUUGACGGCUUCGGACAUUUUUCUCUUGUUUUGUUUUGAGCUACUCUACUUAUUACCCUCGUACAUAUGUAUUUACACCUUGUGUGACUUAUUGAAAUCCGUAAAGUUUUAGGGAUUAUCACAAUCAUACAAAUUUAAAGUUUAGUAUGAAAAAGCUUUUUGUAAUUAUUAGAAGCUAGAAUCACGAAUAUAUGAUACGUAUUGCGUAAUUGUAUGAAGGCAAAAAGAGAACUCGGUUUAAUUGACUAACAAUGCGAUGGUGCGAAGUGGUAAACUCCGAUUUGUUUGAAAUUUUGAAAUUAUGUUGUCCACGUCACUACGACCAACGUUUCUUGAAGCAUUUU